AUGGGCUCAGUAACAAUAACCACGCCGCUCGAUGAGCAACUCUCCAUCCUCUAUGUCGACUGUUUCGACUCUUUCACAAACAACAUCAUUGGUCUUCUCGAGGAGCGUCUAGGCGCAAAUGUCAUCAUGGUUCGCAUCGAUGACAAGCAGGCUGACAAGGACCUUAACACACUACUUCGGGCCGUAGAUGGCGUUGUCAUCGGGCCCGGGCCCGGUCAUCCUGGGAACCCCCAAGAUGUCGGCUUCAUCAACAAGCUCUGGGCUCUCAGCGACUCGGAACUCCUUCCUAUCUUCGGCAUCUGCCUCGGCUUCCAGUCUCUGUGCCUCAACCAUGGUGCCGAUGUCAAGAAACUCAAGAGCCCCCGCCAUGGCAUUGUCAGCCGAUCUACGCACCAGAGCACCGAUAUUCUCAAGGGACUCGGCGAUCUCGAUUGCACCCAAUAUCACUCGCUUCAUGCCGACCUCGAGCUGACGGGAGCUCCCGCAACCCACUUUUGGCAGCCAAACGAUGUGUGCCCUGACCUGUUGCCUCUGGCAUGGGAUCUCAGUGAUGAGAAUAACGGCCCCGUCUUGAUGGCUGUGCGCCAUGCUACCAAGCCGUUCUGGGGGUGUCAGUUUCAUCCCGAAUCCAUCUGCACCUCAGAAGCCGGCAAGGACAUGCUCGUGAACUGGUGGAGGCAUGCUCUCCGGUGGUCGGCCAACAAUGGCCGGGUUCAGACCGAGAAGCUCACGGGUCGUUAUCUUCCCAACUCGUUAUCCCGUCCCUUCGUCGACGCGCCUGUUCAGUCCCAUAACCUGAAAGCUUCACACCUCGCUCAAGAACUGCGCUCGGCCGCCGGCCGUGAUGACAUAUUUCUCCGUUGGGCCAAAUACCCGGCUCAGGGUGUGACCCCUACUGUUCUUCUAGAGAAGCUCGGUCACCGAGAUGACGAGGUCAUUCUUCUGGACUCUCAAGGACACAACAUGGGUCGUUUCGACAUUCUUGGUCUCUCCGUCCCUGGUAAGACCACGAACGUGACCUACAGUUCGUACGACCGCACGCUCAAAUAUGGCAAUUACACCAAGAACAUCGAUUCGAUCGAUGAGUGCUGGCCGCUCUUCCAGGAGGCUCUCGAUCUUUAUUAUCCCCAGAACCAGGAGAUCGAUCGGUCCAAGCUCCGUUCGGAUAUGGAUAGGUUCAUUGCCGGUCACCUGCCCGCCGACAGCCCCUUCUGGGGCGGUUUCAUGGGGUACAUCUCGUACGAGGCCGGGCUUGAGACCAUCAAUGUCAAGCUUCCUGAAAAGGCCACCGAUGGCUCAGCUAUCCCCGACAUCAACUUUGCUUUCAUCCACCGCAGCAUCGUUAUCGAUCACCAUACCAACCAGAUCUACGUCCAAUCACUUCUUCCCAACGACUGGACCUGGAUUCUCCGCGUCGGCAGCCUCAUCGACUCCGUUUCUGCUGCCUCCAACAAACUGACAUGUCCCAGCUCAGAGUCUCGUCUCCUCGAGGACACUCUCGCCCGCUCCACCAUCACCCGCCCAACCGGUGAUUCCUACCGCGCCCAAGUCCGAGAUUGCCAAGACCAUCUCCGAUCCGGCGACUCCUACGAGCUCUGCCUGACAGACGAGAGCUCCAUCGUCAUCCCCUCUGGCCCAUCCUCCUCCUCCUCCUCCUCCUCCUCCAAUGACUCGUCCCUUGACGCCUGGUCCCUCUACAAGAAGAUGCGCCUCAACAACCCAGCCCCGCACGGUGCCUACCUAAACCUGCCCGACGUAUCCAUCGUCGGCACCAGCCCCGAGCGUUUCCUGUCUUGGUCGCGCGGCGGCCACUGCCAGUUCCGGCCCAUCAAAGGCACUGUGAAGAAGGGUCCCGGGAUGACCCACUCCAUCGCCAGCGAGAUCCUCAACAGCAGCAAGGAGCGCGCCGAGAACCUCAUGAUCGUCGACCUCAUCCGCCACGACUUGUCAGGCGUCGUCGGCGCAGACAACACGUGGGUUUCGAAACUGAUGGUCAUGGAGGAGUACGAAAAGGUGUACCAGCUGGUGUCCGUCAUCGAGGGGCAGCUGCCGCCCGCCGAACUACCCGGUGCCCCCAGGGGUCUGCAUGUGCUCAAGAACUCGCUGCCGCCGGGGUCGAUGACGGGUGCGCCCAAGAAGAGGUCGUGCGAAAUCCUGGUCGACUUGGAGAAGAGGCCGAGGGGCAUCUAUGCGGGCGUGUUGGGGUAUAUGGAUGUUGGUGGCGCGGGUGACUUUUCGGUGGUUAUCAGGACGUUGGUGAGGAAUAAGCUGGAGGAACAGGAAGUGUGGAGGAUUGGUGCCGGUGGGGCGGUUACUAUUCAGAGUACGGAUGAGGCGGAGUUUGAGGAGAUGGAAAUCAAGGCGGGGAGUGUGUUGGAGUCGAUGAUGAGGUGA